ACCAUUCUUUCGUUAUCUAUGCAUUGUAUGUUGAAUGGAAAAUGUUAUUAUCCCGCUCUGUUUAUUCUAAUAAAAAUUUCUGUAGCUUUGUUUUAGGUUUUAGGUUUGUGGUUUAAAGUAAGUUAUUUUUAGAUAGUAUUCAACAUGUGACUUAAAUUCUAUUAUGUUAAGUGACAUACAAUUUUGACAUUCUUAUAGUAGUGCCUAAUAAUGGUCGAACCUUUCGUCGUUUGCUGCAAUUUGCAAUAAAGAUCCAAGACCAUGGCUGAAACUUUAGAUCACCAAAACAACAGGAGUGAAACAUCACAGGCAAAAACCAUAUUAUUGCAAGAAUAUAUGAGCUGGUCAGAUGAAAACAACAAUUUAUUCAAACUUGUCUCGGAUUGUGUUUGUGAUGAUGGCAGGAUAAGUUUAGUUUUUUCUGUGGGUCAAGAAGGCGAUUGUUUUACCUUAUAUUGCCCUCCCAGUUACCCACACUAUAGUGACAACUUUUUCGUGGAAGGUUCAUCAAGUUUUCAGAUUUGGCUUAAUUGUUUGAAUGAAUUUAUUCUUGAUUCUGAAAUGACAUUGAGUUUGACUGCAAUUUUAAACAAAGCAGCUGCCACUCACAGUACGAAUAGGCGAAUGUCUGUGUGUUCAAGUUCUUCAGGAUCUGAUACAGAUUUUUGCUACUCUUCAGAUAAAGAUAAUGAAGAUGAUGAUUUUGAAAUGUCCAUAUUCCUAAAAAGAAAAAGGUGGCGACAAAAGGAAGCACAGUUGCGCGCUGCAAACAAAAUGCCUAAAACUUCAGACAUGUUCAAUGGUACACUUAAAGAUCAUCCAAAUCAAGUCUUUAGCAAUUCUGCUGCAACGGGUAUUUUAACCAAUGAUUUGGUUGCCAUAAUGGAAUCCCAGAAAACGACGGGUAUAAAUGCCGAACCAGUAGAUGAUAACAUCUACCUCUGGUCAGUGUUUUUAUCAGAUUUCAGCAACAACUCUGAACUACGUCAAGACCUAGAACAGUUAAAAUCACAGUUUGGCUAUGAUUACAUUGAACUGGAGUUGAAAUUUACAAUGGAUUUGUACCCAUUUUAUCCACCUAUUGUGCGUGUAGUCCGCCCUCGGUUGCUAGGGUCCAUGAUGCUGCGUGUUGCAUGCAUGGAUCAUCUGAUGCUGUCUCAUUGGAAUCCAGCACGCAGCAUGCUGUCUGUCCUCCAAGAAAUAAAGGAAUUCCUCAGUCAGUGGGCACGGCUGGAUGUGCCCAGUCAGCGGAACUCUAUUAGCAUGUGCCCUUUUGGAGCGUACACGUCAAUAGAGAAUCACUUGCUGUGGUUGGCAUUUGUGACUGAAAUACCGUCUCGUACCAAUGUGUAUCUGUCUUAUGAGAAGCAGCCUUCAAACACUCAAUUUCCUAAUGUUGACUCGAGCCAACAAAAAGCAGUAGGCAAAAACUCCAAAUGGAAUGCUCAACAGUUUUUCCCAUCAGGUACAGGCUACAGCUCCUGCUGUCAGCCGGGCUGGGACAUAAAUAGCUACGUUGCAGCUCAGCAGGAAAAAGACAAGCAGAUAGUAAAUGUGCUGCAAAAGAUUCUGCUCGAGCUGAAGAAUAUCAGACUCAAAAUAAAUUCUAGUGUUCAGGAACAGGGCAAUACUUACUCCAGUUUUCAAAUUUCUGCUGACACACCGGAAGAAGAGAAAAUGCAAGUGGAGGAAGCAACGCCAGGAAAUUGUGGAGACUGUGGUAUGACCGAUAAUGCUGCACUGGUGGAGCCAUUAUUGUUUGAAAUUUUGGAGCAGUCUGCUCUUAUACCGUUCCUAGAGACAAAACUUCAGGUGGAUACAUUCUUGGAGAUGUGCCAGCAUAUUCCGGUGUAUCAGUGCGUCAUGGACAUAAUCAAGGAGUUUGCACUGCAGCCAUCGCUUGUCCGACUCCUGUGGACGUUGCCGGACCAGGUACAGUCCUUAUACACCCUUGUGACUAAGCUGCAGAAGAAAGUGUGCUUCAUUUUGGAGAAAGUGAACAAGUCAUCUGCCAAUGGGAAUGCUUCGCACAGUGAUGAUUCACAAAUAAAUGUAUCUGAGGAGGAAUCGUUGGUAAAAGAUGUGCAGGAAAUGAGUAAUGUUGUGUCAAUAGCAUUGGAGAACAGCGACUUUUUCAAAGCAGAAACGUGUAACAACGGAGAGCUGUUACCACCCAUCCAACCAUCAGAUCCAGGAAAGUCAUUUAAGGAUAAAUAUAUGAAGGCACUGAAAGACAUGCAAGUCUUAAGCUGUGAUAUUGAAGUGGUGGGUGCACGAUCACAUAGCUUCAGCGAUGAGUUUGUAAAAUCUCUGGCUCCAAAUGCUUCGCAGGUGAUGAGGAUUGCACAGGAAGUAGCUGCCUUGUCAACGUCACUACCCCUUGAUGUAGAGUCUUCUAUUUUUGUACGCACUGAUGAUUCCAAAUGCACAUUGCUGAGAGCACUCAUAAUUGGACCAGAAGGCACACCAUAUUCUGGAGGAUGCUUCCAGUUCGACAUAAUGUUUCCUUUCACGUACCCAAGUGCACCACCGCUAGUGCGUUUUUACACGAAAGCUUACGGACUGUUUCGUUUCAACCCGAACUUGUACAGCUGCGGCAACGUGUGCCUGUCGCUUCUAGGGACGUGGCCCGGUCCGAAGAGCGAGCAGUGGAACAAGGAUACGUCCACUCUCUUGCAGGUGCUGAUCUCUAUCCAAAGUUUGAUAUUUGUAGCGGAACCAUAUUUCAACGAACCUGGCUAUGAGAGGAGGAUUGGCACCUCCAUAGGAGCGUCGAUGAGUCAGAACUACAACGAGAAUGUUCUGCUGAAGACGGUUCAGUAUGCCAUGGUCGAACAACUCCGGUGCCCGAGCUCUGGAUUUGAAGACGUGGUGCACACUCACUUCGCCCUCAAGAAGGAUAGGAUUCUAGAGGAACUAGGGAAUCAUCAGAAGAGAAAGUUUUCAAAUAACUUGAAGGUUCAAAUUGAAGCUUUUAAAAAAGAACUGAAGAAGUUACCAGAGCUGUAGUCAGUACUGAUGCUGAACACAGAGGUGUCACCAGAAACGUGCUCGAAGACUAUUGGCACCAAAGACAAUUAAAAUCACCUAAGUUGUGUUUUUAAACUAUAUGAAAUUUUAUUAAAGUUGUCUGAGCGUUUUGUAUAGUGGAAAUAAUAAUUACUGAAGACCAAAUAGUAAGAAUCUUUUGUGUGUAGAUUAAACUAUUAUUUUUGUCUGUACUGAAUUUAUUUAUAGGUUACAUAAUGUUUCUUGUCGGUUUAUACGUUGUACUUAAGGAUGGUACUGGCUUUCAAGAUCACUGUCAUUUUGAUAAUGAAAAUUGUUAAAUUUUCAAGAGUACAGCAUCUUUUGAGAAUUUAUAAAAAAGUUGUGCAUGAAUUACACUAAAGCAGAACUUAAUAAAAAUUUUUUUUAAAACACCUUCCUGUUUAGUACCCUACAUUUGGUAUGUGCUCAGGUAAAUUUGUUAUGCUUAUGCCUCUAUUGGCAACAGUUGGCCUGACAGUGUAAAAUGUUUGGUUCUGAUUUAUACUUGAAUUUUUAGUUAAUUUUUUACCAAAUGAAAGCAUAGACAUUUGCUGUCAAAUAUUGUAUUUUCUUAAUUUUUGUGGCUAUAAAAAUAUAAAAAUGCUAAAGUUAUUACGAGUCAGAUCGGCCCUGCUAAACAUGACCUAACACAAUUUACUCGAGAUUAAUUUCUUCAUUUGAUUUUUAGAUUGAAGAAGAGAGUUCUGAUAAUUUUUUUUUAAUUCUCUGUUCAGCUGCACUAAAAACAAGUAAUAAUUUUGAAAACAUUCUUUAAUGAAAAUGUCUCAGUUAAUUGAUAACUGAUUAGGUAAGACCAGAGUUUUUCAUUGCCUGGGGGUGAGUUUUACAUGGGCACACCUAUGAUCAUCUGUUACACGCGUGCAGAAUUUCAGGAGUCAGUAAACAACAGCAGUCAAAAGUGGCGUAAGUGAUGCAGAGUGGUAGUUUGUCAACGAAGCUGUUCCCAUUACCGAGAUGAGAGGGCAUAAAAGUGGAGGCUAUGAACAUCUGGAAGUUGGAGAGAAGUACAACACACCGUCACAGCAGGUCGUGUGGCGAUUGGCCAAUAAAAUUCAAACAGAGAUACAAAAAAAAUUUAGUUUUUUAAUAAAUAGGUUUGCAACUGGUUUUAUUCCGCGAAUUGUUUCCACUGUUUUUGGGAUAUGACAUGAAAUCUAUACAUUUUUGGAAGGUGUAGGAAUCUUACUUUGUACUUAGUAUUUCAUCAUAAUAUAGCUAUUGCUAGUACUUGUUUUUAUAAUAAAAUCUGCCACUGUCAGUCCUUAUAAUUGGGGGUUCACUGUAUUGGCAUGGACUGUGAUUCAUCAAAAAACAAGGCUGCUGUUUCAUUAUACCUGAGAGAGUUGUAAUAUUAUUCAACAUUCAGAAGUACAUAAAGAUGUCAAACUAAUCAAAUCAAGCAGUGUUUUCUCUGAGAAAACUCCAUAUGUGAGGAAAGAAACCUUAAUUUAAGUAAAUUAUAUUUUAUUUGUAAAUCAUUUAUUUAGAAAAAAAAUUAGGUUAAUUUUUGUAUUCUUCAUGUGCAUACACUCAUAAGUUGCUGUUAAAAAUUUCAAAAUGUUGCACACUUUUGCAGAUAUUCAGAAGGCUUUGGCUUUUGUUAAAUACUAUUUUCCUAAACUUAACAAAGCAACAUGUGAACAUGUGAACAUGUGACGUGCUUUCCUUGUACUCUACACUCGCUUGAUUGCUGGGAAAUGGCGUGGCUGCCACACAGUCAUUUUGGCAUGUUGCUAACAAUAUAUGAAGAUCUAGCACUUCAAUAUUACGUACAUACAUAUUGUGCUGUUUCUUGUGUCACCAGUACUUACUCAAUGAUACUAAUAUUAUUUCAGCAUCUUCGGAUAUUACAGAAACUUAACUUGUGUUUUUCAUUGUUUCGCAUCCCCCAACCCAAUCAUCUAGGUCAGCGUUUCCCAACUUUUUUUUUUUUAUCAUGGACCCUAGGUGCAGUGGCGUAGCGUGCCAUCUCGGCGCCUGGGGCGGGAGACCUAUUUUGCCGCCCCCAUUCUAUAGGUGCUUAAUUAAAAUUAAAUUUCACAUGCAAUGAGGUACCUUAUAUUGAAGUUAAAAUAGGAUGAGCUGUUUUACAAGCGGAUUCUACGGGCCUUAUGAGCAGCGAAGUCAGAAAUAACUUUGUCAAAAUCAAUAUUAACAGCCAAUUCUUGUUCAAUUGACAAUAUAGCCAAGUUUGAUAGUCUAGCGGAGCUCAUAGUAGAUCUGAGGUAAUUUUUUAUUAGUUUCAACUUCGAAAAACUUCUUUCACAACUUGCAACACUAAUUGCCAAAGUCAAAUAUAUACCUACGAAUCAAGAUGACUAUAUUUGGAACCGAAAUUCCGAGAUUCAGUUUUUGAAUGAACUGGAAGAGCUCCAGUGGUCCUUUACAACUUAUAUCUUCCUCUGAUUCAGAACAGGCAACAACAACAAACUGCUGAAGACGCUUCCGCUCCAUCUGAAACUCGUCCUUGUCGAUGUCUUCUAAUACAUGGGAAAGAUCCCCGAACUUGCUGUCCAAAAGUUUCGCUGGCAUAAAAAAUCCGAACUUGUCCGAUAUUUCUUGAAUUUGCUGGAAUAGAGUCGUCAUUUCUUGAAUGAUCUUGUCGAAUGAUGCGAUAAUCUCUCGACGGAUUUCCUGUUCGUGAGACAAAGCUGCAUCUUCAGAAGAUUCAUCGCCAUGCAUGCGUUUUUUCCUGCGAAUUCUUCUCGUUUUGAGUUCGAUUCCGAGUUUUUCGCAGAGAGUCUUAGCAAAGUCAAUUGCUUCUUGCACGAAACGGUCUCUACUUUCCACUAAGAGGGUUUUCAAAGCGCAGAGUUUCUGAGCACACUUAUCCACACUUAGUCCUCGUUGCUGCAGGUAAAUCUGUGCGUCAUCUACUUCAGG